AGCGCGUGGAAUAGGACUGCCGAUUCGCGUGCGGUUUCAGUCAGUUCCCGCGCGAUAGCUGGGCGGAGCAGUGUGUUGCCGUCGACUUUCUCGCCCGCCCGCUACACGAAACAAAACUGACAUCGUCAACCCGACCAGCCUGUGUUCACAUGUGUUCAAUAUGACUCGUUAACGUGUUAAAUCGCAACUUUUAAUUUACAUGAAAGAUGACUAAAGCUAUAAAGUAUUUAUGAUUACUUUGUGCGGGAGAGAUCUGGCAGCUCUGCACGGCUCUAUCAACAGGAUUGGAAGAAAACAGAGAUUUACAUUCGUUUUAACGACUGUAACGCCGUAAAAACCUCUGAUCAAUAUGGAGACCGACAAGAUGUCCACGGCAUCGUCGGCCGGCGCCGAGCGGCGGCCCCUCAUGCAGGCCCUUAUCAUCGAGCGGCGGAUUCUCUUCGCUUGCACGAUACUCGUCGGGCUGUGCACAUUCCUUUGGAUCACGGCCGUGUGCACGAGCAAAUGGGUUCAUAUAGAGGGUGGUGUUGGUAUCCAGUUCAUCGCGAGAAAUGCUUCCAUGUACUUCCUCUCGAGCGACUCCGGCGUAUGGGAAAUUUGUCGACAUGAGUUCGUGCCCAACGCCACGAAAGCGACGUUCAGACUCAAUGCAACAGUACACGCGUACGACUGUACGGCCGUCGGGACUGUUGCUGGACAAUGUUAUACAAUAAACGACGAUGCGGAUGAUGAUGAUAUGCAGAUCGGGAAGGGAGUGGGCAAGGCAGCCAUUGCCGUGAACCGCGAAGAGUAUAUGCUGGCCCACAGGGACCUCUCAAACGAAUACAUGCAAGUUCAACUAAAAAACAGCUUAUUGCAUCGUCGGUUGGGAGAGUAUUACAAAAAAAGAAAACAAGGCCACAUUCUGAAACAACCUCUGGAGGGGGUGGCCGACCUGGAGGAGAAGUACCAACAAAAACUACUUGUGUACGAACAGGUCAAGAACGAAGACGAAAGAGAAAUAGCUGAUAUCAAAACCAAAGUGAACUUGGUGGAAAAGCAAUAUGAAGAGAAACUUCACUACGCAGAGAGCAAGUUCGACGGACUGCAAACCCUAGAGAAAAGUACAGGCACUGGCCUCAUAUACUCUAAGAAGGGGAAACCAAUUGCGGAUAAGACAUUGAUGCGGUUUUUGACCCUGCAACGUCGAAAGGCGGAGCAGACGGCUGCGCUCCGUCUCCGCUACAUCAGAGUCAGGAACGCGGUCUCAGAGUUGGACGGCAUCAUCAGGAAGCUGGAAAAACUGGGACCUGGGCUCUACGUGGCCCAGUACGAGCAGCUGCAUUGCGACUACGAGAACUAUAUGAACAAAAUAGAAGAACGGGAAGAUGAGCUCAUCAAGAACCGCAAUAACUGCACGGAGCAUAACCAGAUCUUAGCACACAUUAGAGAGAAGAUGCAUCACACUGAUCAAGUGAUCGACAUUACGGAGUGCGAUCUUGGGGAUGCAGAGAUGGAGUAUUUUAGAGCUCGAGAGGAUAUGAGUGUUAUCAAAAACCGGCGUGAUAAACUUCGCUGGUGCUUGGGGGCCGAGCGACUGAAGGCGGGCCUUCUUACCAGAAAGGACUUGUUGCGUGACUACCAAAACGCUAUUGAUGAGGUCGAAACAAUGAGGGAAAAGAAAAAACGCCUAGAAGAAUUAAUUAGCAAAACCACUGAAGAGGUAAGAUUAGCGCGAAAACUAAUGCAGGCAGAUGGCGAUAGCAACAAUUCAUCUGGGCAAAACUUACCUGUCUAA